AUGGGCUUUUUCAGAUCUCUCAAGGGCAAAGUCGAUGUCGGCACCGAUAACCCGCAGACAAACUCAGAGUACGACGAGUACUCGACCGCGGAAGAAAAGCGCCGUGUCUUCGGACACUCCUCAUCAAGUACCACAAACGACGAAUACAGCCCACCUCCGGGACCACCUCCGUCUCACCAAACCCAUAUACAAUCCGACUUUGCUCCUCCUCCUGGACCUCCUCCCCACUUCACCAAGCGCGUACAAGAGAAUGACGGCGACGAAGACACGUACGCUCCUCCAUCUGGACCGCCUCCUGGAAACCCACCACCCUACCACGACUGGACGGUGAUCCCAGACACAGCACUGCUCCCCCCGCCUCCGCCCUUGCCACAAGACUACUCUCCGACUAACAAUGCAAGCUACGACUCGGCCGCGCGCGCCCACGAAUGGUGCGCCCAGCACCCUGUCUACACGCCCUCCGUUCCAUCGCGCGAGAUCCACAGCCUUGCAGCGGCAGGCCACUUGACGCUCGAACGGCCGCCGGCGCAACUUGUAGGACCCAACAGUCGAAACUUUUCUCUCCGCCAACAGACGCCAACGACAUGGUCCAUCCGCACGUCAACCUCUCAGCAAGAUACGAUCAUCAUGUCGAGUAUCCCACUGUACUUUGCGGCCGUCGACCACCCUUCCAUCACCGGUCGGUCCAAGACAAUCUCGUUCGAGAUCCACGUGUACAAGAUCACCAAUGCCAACUCGGGUAUCGCCAUUGGCUACGCAGCCAAGCCGUACCCUCCGUGGCGGCUGCCGGGCUGGCAUCGCGCAAGCAUCGGCGUGCACGGCGACGACGGACGGCGCUUUGUCAACGAUCCGUGGGGCGGACGUGAUUUCGUCGAGGCCUUUCGACCCGGCGAGACCAUCGAGGUAGGUAUGCGCUUCUCGACGACACCGAUACCGGCACCUGCUGGAUCUGGACCGGGGAAAGUGAAGACUACCGCGUUCGUUACGCGCGACGGACGCACGAACAAGGAUUGGGAAUGGGAAAUCGACGAAGAACGAGACGAGCGUGACGAGGGGAUUGAUGGAUUAAUGGGCGAUGGUGAUUUGUAUCCUGCGCUCGGGGUAUUUGGCGGCGUCGAAUUCGAGGUACGGUUUCGGCAGAAUAACUAG